GAGGCGGGGAGGAGGCGGGGGUCCGCCCGCGGCCAUGGCGGCGCCGCUGUGGGGCCGGCUGUCGGGCCGGGCGCCGGGACAGCCGUCGGGGCCCCCGCGGGCUCCGGAGGCGCUGCCGGUGUGUCGCGGGCCGCCGGCGGGGGCCGCCCCCUUCCGCUUCGCGCCGCGCCGCUUCCGCUGCCCCCGCCGACACCGCUUCUUCCAGGAAGGGGACGUUCAGAGACACCUCUACCUCCAAGAUGUCAUCACCCAAGUUGGGGAGGUGAUCGAAAGACCCAAGGUGUCAGAAUUCAGUUGUCCCGCCGCCGGCUGCUGCCAGGUGUUUGACACCUUAGAGGCUUAUGAGCAUCACUACAACACCCUCCACAGAAACGUCUGCUCCUUCUGCAAACGCUCUUUCCCAUCGGGGCACUUACUGGACACCCACAUCCUCGAGUGGCACGACGCCCUCUUCCAGAUACUGUCAGAGAAACAGAAUAUGUACCAGUGUUUGGUGGAAGGCUGCGCGGAGAAGUUCAAGACAAGUAGAGCCCGCAAAGAUCAUCUGGUCAGAGUUCACCUUUAUCCAUCCGACUUCCGAUUCGACAAACCAAAGAGAACCAAAGGCCGGAUCAAGCAGACCCCAGCUGGCGUGAGGAAUGAUGACACGGCCAUGUCAGUAGAGGCAGCAGGAGGUCCCGAAGAGCCGCCGGGAGCGGACGCCAUGGAAGUGUGCCCCGGCGAAAACGGGCAGGGUGCCCCCGCCUCCACCCCCAUGGAGGAGAGCCCCAGCACAACCGCCCUCCCCGAGAAGCCAGCCUACGGCUCCCGAAUACCUACCACAAUUUGUUUCGGCCAAGGUACCACCCGAGGAUUUAAAAGCACAAAGAAAAGAAACAAGCAGUAAAGAACCGUCAGCGAGAGACGUGACCGAAAAAGGCUACAGUCGGAAGCCGUGUGUGGCGGGUCACCCUUCGUCCGGAGAAGAUUCGACACGGAGCCGUCUGGGUCUUCUUUAAGAAGGGACGACCCCCUCGGAGUGGAGCCUGACUCACUCGCUCUCGGCUGGUUGAGACUUGAGGUCUCCGCUUGGGUUUCUGGAUUUACAGAGGAGGAAAGCCAAGGAAAAGCGAAGCAGGGGAGGGACGUUGUCAGUUUAACUUACGGCGUCGCCACAGACGUGGAUUUUUCCUAAACGAUUAUUUAUGUACAGAGGAAAAACUGCGGGUGAAAUUGGCUAAAAGCGAAAUGCUGGUCACAGUCAACGUCAGGUUUUUUUUUUUUAUUUUUUAAUGUAAAAUAAAUACUCCAAGUAGCGGUUUCCAAUAGGCCGUGUCCGGUG